AUGAGCGGAGAAAUCCCGGAGCGCGCGCAAUGGGACAGUGGAAUUCAGUUCAUCCUGACCUGUAUUGGAUAUGCAGUCGGACUGGGGAAUAUCUGGAGAUUCCCGUCGCUGGCGUACGAGCAUGGAGGAGGUGAGUUUUGGGAUUUUUUGGAAUUUUUCGAAUUUUUUGGAAAUUUUUGAAAACUUUUGGUUUCGGAUUUGGAUGAAAUUGAACACAGAUUUAGAAUAUUUUUUUAUAAAUCAUAUGAAAGGUUUCUAGCUUGCCAUUUAUCAAAAAUAAAUGAUUUUUUGCUCAAAAUUUGAAAAAAAUAUGACAAUUUUUUUUCGAGUUUAUGCAUGAAAAGCUUCAGCUUUAUUUCUACCGUAGUGGGCGAUGUUUCCACAAAAAACCAAUUUUUUCCGCUCAAAACCAGCCGAGAUAUUGCCAAAAAAAAGUUUUUUUUCUCUAACCGCUCUCCACAUUUCUCAUGCUCUCUUGUCAAAUGUCUUAUAGAAAUGUUAGAACAGCCCCCCGUAUUUUAAAAAUUUAAAGCCCAAAAAAAUUAAUUUCAGGCGCUUUCCUCAUCCCCUACCUCUCCUGCUCCUUCCUGGUCGGCUUCCCGCUGCUCUACUUGGAGAUGAGUUUGGGCCAGUUCUCGCGCAGUGGGCCGGCCGUCCUCUACGGCCGGAUCCGCCCCGUCUACCAGGGAAUCGGCUGGUGCAUGGCGGGCAUCUCGCUGAUGGUCGCCAUUUACUACAAUGUUAUUGUUGCUUGGACCAUGGUCUACUUGUACGUGCUGGUGAUGGGAAGGAGCAAGGAAUGGAGCUCUUGCCGCAACGAGUUUAACACUAUUUGUAAGUGGGGGUUUUUAUUUUUUGAGCAGAGCAAAAAUAUUUUUAAAAAAAUUUGGAAAGCAAAAAUUUGAAUAUGCUUUGCAGAUUUUUUGUGAAGCCAAAAUUAAAAAUGCUUUGCACAUUUUUUUGGCAAGUAAAAAUUACAAAAUGCUUUGCAGAUUUUUUUGGAAAGCAAUAAUCAGAAUAUGCUUCACAAAUUUUUUUUGGCAAGCAAAAAUCAGAAUAUGCUUCCCAGACUUUUUUGGAAAACAAAAAUUAAAAAAUGGUUUGCAAAUUUUUUUGGCAAGCAAUAACCAAAAAAUUUUUUAUAGACUGUCAAUCGUCUCUUGAAGACCAACGCUGUGCUGACGAAAACGGUGCCACCAACGCGACGGACUGGGCCUUUUUCUUCAACGGAACCUGUCAUUAUGGAGCGGAGGAUGGGAUCCGGGAUAUUAGAGACAAAUUAUACGAAACGGUAUUGCCGGCGGUCAGUCCAGCAGAGGAGUUUUUUGAGUAAGCCAUUUUUGGGUGGAAAAAAUUUUUCUUUAUUUUUUUUUAUUUUUUUUUUUUUUUGAAGAAAAUUGUUUCUUUUUUGAAAAUAAAAAAAAAGUAAUUUUUAUUUAAAAAGCGCAUAAAACUUGAUCCAAAAAAAUAGAAAAAUUUUUAUAACCAUAAAAUACGAUUUUUUUAUUUAUUUAUUUUUUUUUUGAUUUUUUUAUUCUUUUACAAAUUUUUUCAGUAAAAAAAAAUAUUUUUUGGCCAAAAAAUUAAAAAAUUUUUUUUUCUUUACUCCUCAAAAAAUUUCCCCCAAAGAAUCCCAAUUUUCAGACGCUACGUCCUCGAGAAGACCCCAACAAUGGACUCAUUCGGCGGUUUUAAUUUCAAAGUCGUUGUGGCCCUGGCAAUCGCUUGGAUCCUAACAGCAUUGGUCCUCUUGAAAGGCGUGAAAAUGAUGGGAAAGAUCGCUCCGUAUUCGGCCACAAUCCCCUAUGUGAUCAUUGUGAUGUUGUUCAUCAGAGGAGUCACACUGGAUGGGGCUAAAAUCGGAAUGGAUUAUUACAUUUUGAAACCAAACAUGACUGUGAUUUACGAUCCGGAGGUAGGGGGUUUUGAUUUUUGGAACAAUUUUUUAUGGAUUUUUUUAGUUUUUUUUGCGCAGUGCAGAGAAAAUUUUUGUUAUUUGCACAGAAAAAAAAUUUUUUUGCACAGUGCGGACAAAAUUUUCUGAUUUAUUUUUUUGCACCGUGCAGUCAAAAAAAUUUGCACAAUUCGCAAUUUUUUUAUUAUGCACAGUGCGGACAAAAAUAUAUUUUUGCACAGUGCAGAGAAAAAAGUUUUUUUGCACAGUGCGGAGAAACGAAACUUUUUUGCACGGUGCGGACAAAAGAAUUUUUUGCACAGUGCUGACAAAAUUUUGUUAUUUAUUUUUUUUUUUUCAUUGUGCAAACAAAACACUCUUUUGCACAGUUCGCAAUUUUUUUUUUGAUUAUGCAUGGUGCGGACAAAAAAUUUUUUGUUUUGCACUGUGCAAAUUUUUCUAUUUCCUUUGUCUUUGAAAAAAUUUUUAAAUUUGCUUUAAAAUAUCUUUGUCAGACUGUGUAAAGAAAUUUUGGGGCUAAGGUAGUACAGCCCCCCAGUCCAGUUCAGCCCCCCAUGCCCCAGUACAGCCCCCCACGUCCAUUCCGUACCCCCAAAAUUUAUUCCCAAGAAUUAUUCUAAUUUGUAAAACGUAAGGGGGCAUGAUCUAAAACGUAGGGGGCUUGAUCUAAAACGUAGGGGCUUGAUCUAAAACGUAGGGGGCUUGAUCUAAAACGUAGGGGGCUUGAUUUGAAACGUAGGGGGCUUGAUCUAAACGUUCUACUACUAAACAUUCUAAUUCCCUCUUUGCGGCACCGAAACUAUAACUGAAGAAGUACAUAUGCACACUAUACCUCGCAUUUAUCCAUAGAACGGCCCCGAGUACGUAAUACCAUAAUGUGCCCACAUUUCUCGCAACAAAGGUCUUUGGGCAGACAACCAAGAGCCUGCAGAGCACCAAUGAGACCAUCAGAAGAGACGAGGUUGGUGAUCUGUUCCAAAGUAGAGAUUUGUGACAUGCCGACCGGUUCCAAGGGGAAGAACAAGAAGAAUGAAUGAAUCGUUUCAGAAUUAAGAUUUUAAUCUCAUUUGCACUUUUUUUAUUAUUCUAAUUUUUUCAUUAUGGGGGUGUGAAAUGGGCAAAACAGUGGGGGGGCUGAACUACCUUUCGUGGGGGGCUGAACUACCGAAGCCCCGAAAUUUUUUACGUAUCUAGCCCUACAUUUUUUAUUUUUUUCACAAAAAAAAUAAAAAAAAGUUCUAAAAUUUUUUUUUCAAAAAAUUUUAAUUUUUCCUAAAAUUUAAUCUUACCCCCUUUUUUAAUACCAAACAUACCAUUUUUCACCCAAAAAUUCGCUCAUUUUCAGACCUGGCGAGCCGCCGCCACUCACGUCUGCUACUCCUUGGCGAUUGCAUUCGGCGGUCUGAUGUCCUUGAGCAGUUUCAACCCCAUCAAGCACAACUGCUUCAAGGACGCGCUGAUCAUCACGGUGGCCGACGCGGUGAUGUCCAUGUUCGGUGGGACGGCGGUGUUCUCGGUGCUGGGCUUCAUGUCCAAGCAGUUGGAGGCCCCAAUCGAGACGGUGGUGCAGAGUGGGACGGGGCUGGCGUUCAUCGCCUACCCCGAGGCCAUGAGUCGAAUGCCGUUGCCGUGGCUGUGGUCGGCGCUUUUCUUCAUCAUGCUGUUCAUCCUGGGGAUCACCAGUCAGUUCGGGCUGGCCGAAGUGAUGAUUACCGCCAUCUACGACCAAUUCCCGAAGAUCCGCGUGUACAAGGCCUGGAUUGCGGUGGGCGUGUGCACCACGCUGUUCUUCGCCGGCCUCUGCAUGUGCACGAGAGUGAGUUUUAUGCAAUUUGAAAGUUUCUUUGCCCCAAGAAAUUGAAAAAUUUUGAAAGAGGUACCUUCUAAGAAGGGAAGUCACAUUUUUCGCUGAUCAAUCCUUAUUGGCGACCUAGUGGAUGUUGAAGACCUCAGAAAGCGUAAGAAGAAUCUAGCUUCCAAAAGUGUUUACGGGCUCUGAGGGCAGAGUUAUGGCUCGUCAGAGUUGACGGAAAAACGCCACCGAAAAGACCUUGCAAAAAAGCUCAAAAGGCAUUUGAGUAGCGAGAAAAAUUCUGACGAUUGAACAGUCUGAAAUUCCCCCAGCGCUCGGGAAAAUGACUAGUCCAGGUGGAUAGAGCAGAAAACGCAAUUUCCAGCUACAAAAUAAGUACGGCCGAUGAGAGAAAUCCACCGAAAGUUCCACAAAAAUUUCCUCUUUCUCUUCCCUCGGAAAAGAAAAGGCCCAUCCAGUGGUUCGGUUGGCCGAGUGGACAAAGAGUCCGCUCGGUAUUCUUUUAGUAGCUAUGAUACGGCUUUGGUGACCAGGAUAAACCCUUGUGAACAAAAAAAAAUAUUUCGUAGUUUUAAGACUUCUAGAGAUCAUAAAACAUCAAAUAAUAAAGGAUUUUCGUAUAAAUUCCGGUGGUUUUUUUUUUGUCAUCUUCCCGAACGCUGGGGGAAGUUCAGAUCAUUCCCUCGUGAGGAUUUUUUCGCCUUUACAAAUCAAAAUUAGGCAGCUAAUUUUUAUAUAUUCUGAAUCAGAAAAGAUUUGCGAUUUUUCUGAUAUAUGUCACCACCUGUAACUCUACACCAAAUAGAAGUACUUUCCUCGUCAAAAAAUCGCUUUUUUCUCUCAAAAAAUCUCAAUAUUUCCCACCUUUCAGGCGGGAAUAUUCUACUUCAACAUCUUCAACGACUACACGGCCUCUUUCUCGAUCAUGUUUUUGGUGCUGAUGGAGCUCUAUCUGAUCGUGCAUGUGUACGGUCUGGCCAACUACAUGAAGGACCUGCACUACAUGAUGGGCGAGCCCAAGUCCUGGCUGGGCCGCUGGUUCGGCCCGACCGGCCGCUACGUGCAGAUGGUGUGGAAGUACGUGGCGCCCAUCGAGAGCGCCGCCAUCUUCGUGGUGGUGCUGAUGACGCAGAUCGGGAACAAAUUGUACUACGGGAAGGGGAAGCGGCUGUACGAGUACCCGAACUGGGCCAUCAUGUUCGGCUGGACGCUCUCCUUGCUGCCGUUGAUGUCGUUGCCGGCGUUUGUGCUCUACAAUUUGCACAAGUUCAGCAAACAAGGAAGGGUGAGAAUUUUGAUUUUUUUAUUUUUUUUUUACUUUUUUAGCACCUUUAUAAAAAUUUGAAUUACUGUAAGUACGACUAUCAGAAUUUUCCCUAUUUUCUUUAAAUUUGGCACACAUUCAAGGCAUAGGCCACAUAUCAAUCACUGAAAAUCUUAGCUUGCAAUUUUAAGUGCCAGCCGAGAUAUUCAACGAUCUGCCGAGAGAGUACGCGAAAUGCGGAGAGCGGUCAGAAAAAAGAUCCUUUUUGGCCAUAUCUUUGCCAGUUUUGUGGGGAAAAAAUUGAUUUUUUGUGGAAUUAUUACUCUCUACGGUAGAAAUAGCUAUGAAACUUUUCAUGUAAAAAUUCGCAAAAAAAUCAUAUUUUUUCUAAUUUUCGGCUAAAAAGUCUUGAUUUUUUAUGCAAAGAACGAGCUAGGAGUCUGGAAUAAGUCUUAAAAAAUUCUUCUAAAUUUGCUUCAAGUCUCAUAAAAAUCUGGAGUCGCACUUGGGGUACUUCCCCUGAACUUGAAAGGCUCUAUGACGGACCUGAUCCUGUGGCAAAAAACGUACUAUUUUCGGUAAAAGUUCCUUAUUUUGGCUACAACUUAUAACUUUGCGGAAACUGGUCGGAAUUAGCCCAAAUUUAGCGUGCACGCUCAAUUCAUCGUUGUCAAUGCCCGGAUCACUAACUAAAGUGGAUUUAGUUAGUGAGGUACCUUCUUUUUUACGUACCAUCUUACCCUUCAAAAACGUCUGCAGCCUGUGAUUUUACACUUUAUACGAUGAAACAUGUCCGGAACUAAACUUAUUGCCUUCGUAUGGAACUAAAUGAGUCGUCACAGCCUUCGUAGGUCCCCUUAAAACUAUAGAGCUAUUAUAGUAAUUCAGUGCCAGCUAGGUCGAAGCGUUUUUUCCUAACUUUAGUGCCCAAGCUUGGGCGCAGUUCGCGGGGUACCUUUGUUGUGGCCAAAAUAAGGAAGUUUUUCCCCAUUUGCGCCAUGAUUUAUCUGCCACGGAAUCAAGGAUGCAAAUUACAUGUUCCUAGACCAGAAUUUUACGCUGAUUCCAAAUCUGCAAGAAAAUCUUGUGGGAUUUUUGAUUUGAAGGAGAUACGGUCGAUUUUUAUCGACCGAAGGUCAAAAACUGUAUGUUACAGUAAUCCUACUGACUUGAAUUCGCCAUCACAUCACUGGGUCAAAAAAAUUUUGGGAAUGUGUUUUAGUGACCUAUACCAACAUUUUAGGCCAAAAAACUCAAAAAAAUUUUUUUUGAAUGUCCCCGGCUGACGCAGCGAGCCAAAAAUCGUCUUUUUUAAAAGGCUUAGGCUUCCAUUUCUUGUGGGCGCAGUUCGCAUUGAGGGAUCGUUUGGGAUGGCGGUCAAUCUGCGGAACUUUUCAAAAAAAAUAUAUUUUCGUUACUUUUUCAAUAAUUUUCAAAUUCUAAAAGAGUCCUAACAUGUUUCCAAUCAUUAUUUCCAGAGCUGGCGCGAGCUGUUCCGCCUCCAGCCCAAAUGGACCUCCUACGAGCGGAACAUGAAGGAGCAGCAAAAGAAGCCGCAGAAUGGUGUGAACGGGACCACUCAAGUGAAUGUGGUGCCCUUGGGGGAUGAAUUGAAGCCGCAGCAAGCUUGGGUUGAGCCCAACCUUCAACAAGAGCCGGCCGAGAACGGAAAUGGCGGCGUUGAGAAUGGGAAUCUGGAUACGAAUCGGCAGCGGAUCGAGAAUAUUGAUCUGGAUGAGGAGAGGAAAUAG